CUCGCGUUUACUAUAUGCCCAUUUAUUUGUAGUAUAUAAAUCAGAAUGGCUAAAUUAUCGUUUCUAAACCUUGUAACCGUUUCUUAAAGAACGCGACUCUAAAACUGCGAUGGACUAAGUAUAAUACUGAACCCUCCUAUGUAUAUAUAGCAUUCAGCGCGUAUCGGUUGGUUCAUCAGUUACAGUACUUUGCUUUUACAAGUUGGUAUAUUUGAGGAAAGAGUCCGUAUAAUCGCUACAAGUAACUAGUUACACCAUCUUUUUGGUGAAACCGAUAAGAGUAAUUAAGUAGAGUUACUGAACUUCAUUAUUAGUUGUAUACCGGUCUAGCUGGAAAAAACGCAAAAAGCUAUUGCAAAUUUAUUGAUUUUUUCGGGUUUAAUAAGUGUGUGUAAAAAAAUAGGACAUAAAAAUCUUUUACCGCGUGCCUUCUAAAUUGUGUCUUUAAUAUAUACUGUUUGCGGAUUUCGGAUAAAUUGUGUUGUGAUAAAUUAAUUAAAAAUAAAAAUUUCGGAUACAUUAAGUGCAAAUAGUGUGGACCUACGUAAACCCUUUUGCUUAGUAUUCCUGGCGCUUAAGACUGUACUAUUAUAAGGGACUCAUAGAAUUUUGUUUGCAAAUUGUGGUCUGAAUACUUAACGUACAUUAAAUGAAUACAUACAACCAAGUAUGGUUUGAGUAUUUUUUGCCGUACAUGUGAAACGAAAGGUAUGCAUUUUUGCUAGUGUGGAAGUACUUAUGAAUCGGUCAGUAGAUUCUCGACAAGCAAAACAUUCAUCGUAGUCAUCGAUCGUUAAAAACGUAUAAUUAUUGCACGAACAAAUACUUUAUAGGCCCAGGUGUUUAAGUUUUUUUCACAAAAGAGGCAAGAUGUUAAAAUAAACAGCUAUUAUUCAAUAAACAAACGGAAUUCUUACAAGUUACGGAAGUUGUAACAUGAGGGCAGUCCAUUGACCUAACAGACAACGCAACGUUUUACUCGAAUUCGAGCGCAAGUUAUUAUGCUUCCGCCAUUACUUUUUUUUCGGCCUUAUUUCAUCCUUUAGUCAAUUUGCUUAUUCUUUCAGGGCACAAAUUCAGCCAAAUGUGCUGUUGAGAAACUUAUCCAGUCUCGUCAUUUGAGCGUCGCAUAAUAGAGUUUCAUUUGCCAGUAAUGAGCAAAGAUAAUCCUCUGUCAAUGCAAUUCGACCUGGAGAAUGUAACGGGUGAAAAGAAACUUUCCGUUCAAACAUUAACGCGGCGGUUUUAACUGCUUGCGCCCUGCGUGACCUGAUGUGAAAAAGGAAAGCGGUGAUAUUGCGUCGUUUAUCGGGUUCUUUCUGUCCUAUAGUGCCGUUUACUUGAUGCAACUGGGCCAUAUAUAUGUAUGCUUGUUAACCGUCAUGUUGUUUCCAAACAUUACCCAGUGUGAAAUGCCUUUUUAGUCCUGAUAAACUUCUUCGAGCAUUCCUGUCAGUUAUAGAGUCUUCGUUCUAUAUGCAUAAAUACCCACAAUUCUUCGCCAGUAUUUCCACCAAGGUAAAGAGUUAAAGGGAGUAGACGUAGAAAAUGUACUUUUGUUUACCUUUUAGACAUUCAUUCUGGGAGCCUGAAUACGACGACAAAUUUACAAACGCAUCUAGCAUUGUAGAAUUGACUAGAUCUUUAAAUAGUUGAAAUCAUUGUCCACUUUUAAAGAUGCUAAAUAAACGGAAAUAUUUAACAAUUUCAAGAGUCAGGUGCGGGAAGAAAUUAUCGACAAUGCAGCUCACGGCUUUUUGCUGGACGAGAACUAGUAAGUUUUAAGUGCAAAUGAUAUUAGCGCUUUGCCCGUUGGGCAUAAAGGCACCCGCCUGGUUUGGCGAAGCUUAAUGUGGUACUAUUACUGUUAUGUCUGAAGAACUGUUUGGACAAUUUGGUUUGUAUCAAGAUGGUUUGUUUGCUCAUGGGUCUAAUUUAUUUAAGCUAUCGUGUGUUAAUUCUACGCGGGGUCAUCUCGUCGUCUUCGUCAUGCAGGUAAAUACUCAAACGGACUCAGAAAAAAACAAGCAGGUCGCGCCCCAGUAAUUCUAACACCGUAAAAUUUGGGCUCGUUGUAUCAUGUGCAGUGAUGCUGUUAGCCUGCAUAUCACUAGUGGAUGCCGGAGACUCGAUAAACUGCACGUGGUUUACCGAGCCUCGAGGAGUUCUCACAACGCCAAACUUUCCCGGGCCAUAUGAAUUGCCCUUAAAACUGUGCUACGUCAUCAAGCGCAGACCAGAUACUUCUGCAGGGCAGCAAAAGACCGUCAUUUAUUUCACUCAAUUCUACCUUUUGUCAGGCGUAACCAUUGAGACAUAUGACAAGUUUGCUGGUCUUGAGUCACCGGUAAACUCUGGUCGAGCGGUGGCGUACCAACCUGUGGCAACCGAUCGGCCAACGGAAUUGGAAAUCCAGUCUCAAUUUGUUGUGAUUUCGGUCGAUAUCGAUCGGAUACCGGGUGUCAAUCUGCGCGUUUUAUAUGAACUUAUGGACGUGCACGGUUUCAAUAUCACUUAUGAGGUCAUUCCGGAUUCACAGCCUACCCGGCUAAAUUACAGUCAACCAGGAGAUAAGGAACUUGAACACGAUGUGUGUAUUCUUGAUCACUGCAGAUUUAACGGCUGGUGUCUGGCAAAUGCGAACUUCACCUCAUAUGAGUGCCGCUGCUUUAAUGGCUUCCGGGGACCCAACUGUCAAUAUUCCAAGCGGUGUAGUCCUGAGAAAAACCGUUGUAAUGGUGGUGGGUGCGAGCAUCAUAUUGGAGGCUCCACGUCGGUCUGCCUCUGUCCUAAAAACUUCACUGGAAAAGUGUGCGAUAUCCGACUAGAGGAAGAUCCCUGUGAAGCGAAAAACUGUCCUAUCGAUCAAAGGAGCGCGUGUGCAUUUAAUAAGCAAAAUAAUACUCGCUGUGAAUGUAUGGCUGGUAAUAAAUUAAAAGGCUGCAGUUGCGAAUCCGGUUAUCGAUUUAGCGAUAAUGGUACUAACGGUAACUGUGAACUAGUGGAUUUCGUCUGGCUUCAAUGGCAUAUCAAAGGAACUAUGAAUGUCGACAUGGCUAGAGAUGAGCUUUUGAGAAUGCCGCACGUGCUAAAUGUAACUGUCCUGAAGACUUCGGACGAGAAGGACAUCACCACGCGGUUUCAGUUGCAAGUGGUCAGGAAACAAGCAGCUGAAGUAAAGCAGGCAUUAUCCCGCAUCGGUCAAUCGUACAAGUUAGGCGGUUCGCUUCAGAGUGAGCCAUUUCAGGAAGAUGAUUUAGUUAUAACCGCUCUUGUUUCAAACAAACUAUUGCCCGUUCGCGAAGGAAUUGAACCAGUCGUAUUAUCCUGCGAGUUCCGAGCUCCUGAAGGCUUCAAAGUGCAUUGGUAUAAGGAUAAUGCCUUAAUAAAUCCAUCCGUCUGCCCUGGAAAUUUGUGGCUUGAGAGCGGUCAGCGCACUCCUUCUGGUGUUUACACGUCUUAUCUGGGCCUUGACCGAGUGCAAUACAUUGACAAAGGUCGCUUUACUUGUGAAGUUCGACAUGGAAACGAAGUUCGUAAGCGAAGUCUGCAAAUGCUUAUCAAGAUGGUUCCUGGUGGUCAUGUAACGCCCUUGGCGCAAAGCGUCCAGGUUGGCCGAAGCCACGAACUAACCUGCACACUUCGUGUAAUUGAAAAAGUGCAGUAUCGUUGGUUUAAGAACACCAUUCGUGAUGAAUCCGUACUUCGUGGACGUUCAGGCAGCGUCGGUGAAUCUCAUCUGCGUAAGAAAUGGGUCCAAAUACCCCCUAAAGGUCACCUUUCCGAUCCCGAAUACAUCGAACUCCUCUAUCCAGCCUAUUCUAGACUUGUGAUUCCGGCGGUCUCGUCAUAUGCGGAAUAUCAAUGCCAGAUUGAGGAUUCUUCGGGCACUACCACUGCGGUUUACGCGCAUGUCUUCCCAUACGACAAUUCAUCCCAGUACUGCCCUAUGGAGGAAUAUAUGGGGAUUUUGUGGAACAGAACUGUGUUGGGUGGACACGAUGUGCAAGCAUGCCACUUGCCUUGGGGCCCGGCAAAAGGUGAUGCUCGUAGACGAUGUUUUAUGCAGGAAGGCUUCGACACACCUCGAUGGGAAAUGCCGGACUUUUCUGAGUGCGCUUAUGAUGAAAUCUACAAUAUACGAAAGCAGGUUCUAGCGUUGGCCCGAGGCUAUCAAUUAACAACAGCCGUGGGUGCCUUGCGUUCGCUUCAACGCUAUAUCGAAGGACGGCGUGGUGCUCUUCUCCCGGGAGAGGGCAACCACAUCAUGGAGACUCUUCAUGAAAUUCUCGAUUAUGAAGAGGGCCUUCGACCGGGACACCCAGAACGGUUUGACAGGAAAGAAGCAUUACAGUUAUUCCUAGAUUGUAUUGCGAUGACUUUCAGCGUUGCUAAUUCCGUCUUGGAUGAACGUUUUUACGCGAAGCUGAACGAAAUCAUUCCGCAGUUUGUUAUAAGCUCUCUCGAUGAUCAGCCGGCCGAUGCCGAGUUUAAAUACAGUCAUAAGUUAUUUGAUAUCUACGCCCAUGUCUUUAAAGUCAUCGUACCUUCAGAAGGUAACGUAGCUGUAUAUGAAGCAAGCCUGGAUGAAAUGGGUGUCGCUGGAUAUCUCGUGCGAUCGAAGGAAGAGUCUGACGGUGACAAAACAAUACUGAGCCUUUGGGUUCCGAAGUCACUUACCCAAGACUACCUGUCCCGCCUCGAUUGGCUACAGAAUCAAGGUAAUCGUAGUUUACGGUCCAAAAUGGUGAACUUUAGAGCUGCUACGAAGUUUAAAAACGGUUCAGUCCAUUUUUGUGAUCGGGACGAGCUUCACGUCAACUUCCGAAUAAUGCCGACAAUGAACUCAACGUUAACGUGUGCCUUGAUUUUGGACGGAAGCGAAGUGUCAUUUGCUCGUGCCGAACUGAAUCGGGUCGGUCCAAAUGAGUUCUCAUGCGCCCUCGGGAUACCCCGCCAUCGCCAAGCAACCAUGGUGGCACUUUACGAAGGUCCCGUUCCCGUCACAGUCCGAUUACCAAGUAAAAAUCGGCGAUUACUGCAACUCGUGUGUAGUUCAGGAGGUCUCUUCUUAUCCUUUUUGUGCGCGCUCUCCGUUACGUGCACGACGAGUUGCUGGAAUCUUAUUAAAUGUGUUAAGUGGAACGUGUGUAUGGCGCUGCUUGCCAUGUUCAGCGCACUCCUUGUCGAGUCAUUACCGCUUGUUGAUCAGUGGGCCUACAUCAAGCCUAACUUGAUGCUUCUGCGCCAGUACCUGCUGCUCGUAAUACUCGGCCUACAGGUCGUGGUGCUUCUGUCUGUGUACGCAGAACUGUUCGACAAGAAAUUUCUUCGAGGAGGCGGCGACCUAAAGGGAGAUAUUAGCCGCGCUGUGGCUUCACCCUGGCUUAGUGCUGCCAUUCUCCUCGGAUUUGCCUAUGGCAUCCAGAAGAUCUGGGACACCGACAGUGACUCGUAUUGGGGCACGCUGGAAGCUCAAGUGAGCGUCCCGUCAGCAGCGUUUACACUGUUGACAACAGUGACUGUGUUGGUCUAUGGACUUCUACAUUUCGAAAUUAGUAUUGCCUCUGAGGAACAGGACAAAGGCAGCUUAAUGUCAACUUUGUCAACACUUCAGCGUGGUCUGUUGCGAAGAACAGUACUUGUUGCUGUAGCGGUUUUCAUUCAUGGUAUAACAACAAGUGGCUAUGUGCAGGAACCAACCGGAAACCUUCAAGCGACAACAGCCGUUCUGCUCGCACUUGUUAUAUUUCUUGUUUACACCGCCUACUGUGAAACAGACGUGUUCUACCACGCCGUUUGGGCGCACUACAAAAAGAAACAGGAGGUUAAAUCGAUGGCUAGUCAUUGAGCAAGCCCUGCCUAAAAACCAGCUGCUAAGAGUUGUCUAUUGUACAGUUAUCACGCUUGUGAACCGCUUCCGAGAAUAGUUGUUUAAUGGGAGUUUUCAUUUGUAUGAAUAACGUCUUUCUUCUGCUUUAUAAGCACUUGUACCCUAUAAAAGGGAUGAAGCAUUCUGCUUUAGCAUUCAUCACCGUCGCUGCUGCCGGCGACAAUGGGCUACCGAACGAAAAAGUGAACAAGAUCUAUAUUUAGAUUAGCGUCAACUAACUAGAUAACGAGAAUCAAGCCAUUAGAUUGCAAGCUAUUCAGUGGUACGAGCAGCUGCUGGCAGAUAAGCUAACCUAGGCCAGUUAAAGCCCGUCACCAUUUACAAAAACUUCCAGAGCCACACGUAACGCCGCCAUCCAACUAGGUGUUGCUACAAUUUACAAAAGCGAACGUGUGUCGAGAACUCAAAUGUAAAACCGAUUAAUUGUAAUCUACGAAGAAAGACAAUGUCUUUGACUAUGUAAAUAAACUUUAUCCAAACUAAAGUGUAACAUGUGUUC